GCCGAGGAUCCUGAGGCGGCGGCGGGGGCAGCUGCGCACGCGGUGGGCUCGGGGGCGAAGAAACAUGGCAGCAAGGAGAAUUGCACAAGAGACUUUUGAUGCUGUAUUACAAGAAAAAGCUAAACGGUUUCACUUGGAUCCCAGUGGUGAGGCUGUAGGGGAAACUCUUCAGUUUAAAGCUCAAGAUCUCUUAAGAACAGUCCCAAGAUCUAGAGCAGAUAUGUAUGAUGACAUUCACAGCGACAGCAGAUAUUCCCUCAGCGGAUCUGUAGCUCUCUCUCGAGACACUGGGAGAGAAGGCCUGAGAGGUGAUGUAUUUUCAGGGCCUUCCUUCAGAUCGAGCAACCCUUCCAUCAGUGAUGACAACUACUUUCGCAAAGAGUGUGGCCGGGAUCUGGAAUUUUCCCACUCUGACUCUCGGGACCAGGUCUUUGGCCACCGGAAAUUGGGACAUUUCCGUUCUCAGGACUGGAAAUUUGCACUCCGUGGCUCUUGGGAGCAAGACUUUGGACACCCAGUUUCUCAAGAAUCCUCUUGGUCACAGGAAUAUAGUUUUGGUCCUUCUGCAGUAUUAGGGGACUUUGGUUCAUCUAGGCUGAUUGAGAAAGAGUGUUUGGAGAAGGAGAGUCAGGAUUACGAUGUGGACCAUCCAGGGGAGGCUGACUCUGGGCUCAGGGGCAGCAGUCAGGUCCAGGCCAGAGGCCGAUCUCUAAACAUUGUUGACCAGGAAGGUACCCUCCUAGGAAAGGCGGAGACUCAGGGCCUGCUCACAGCUAAGGGGGGUGUGGGGAAACUUGUCACGCUGAGAAGUGUAAGCACGAAAAAAGUACCUUCUAUAAAUCGUAUUACUCCCAAAACUCAGGGCACUAACCAAAUCCAGAAAACCACCCCAAAUCCUGAUGUGACCCUGGGGACAAACCCAGGGACAGAAGACAUCCAGUUCCCUACUCAGAAGAUCCCUUUGGGGCUCGAUCUGAAGAAUAUUCGGCUCCCUAGAAGAAAGAUGAGCUUUGACCUUAUAGAUAAGUCUGAUGUUUUUUCAAGAUUUGGAAUAGAAAUAAUUAAAUGGGCAGGAUUCCACACCAUAAAAGAUGAUGUUAAAUUUUCCCAACUUUUCCAGACUCUCUUUGAACUUGAAACUGAAACGUGUGCUAAAAUGCUCGCCUCAUUCAAAUGCUCCUUAAAACCAGAGCACAGAGAUUUUUGCUUUUUUACUAUCAAAUUUCUAAAGCACUCUGCUUUGAAAACACCCAGAGUUGAUAAUGAGUUUUUAAACAUGCUUUUAGACAAAGGUGCUGUGAAGACCAAAAAUUGCUUUUUCGAAGUCAUAAAGCCCUUUGACAAGUACAUAAUGAGGCUUCAGGACCGGCUUCUGAAGAGUGUCACACCCUUACUCAUGGCCUGCAAUGCCUAUGAAUUGAGUGUCAAGAUGAAGACCCUCAGUAACCCACUGGACUUGGCCGUUGCCCUAGAGACCACCAAUUCACUCUGCCGGAAGUCUUUGGCCCUUUUGGGACAGACAUUCUCCUUGGCCUCUUCUUUCCGGCAAGAGAAAAUCUUAGAAGCUGUCGGCCUCCAAGAUAUAGCUCCGUCUCCUGCUGCAUUUCCAAACUUCGAGGACUCCACUUUGUUUGGGAGAGAGUACAUAGACCACCUGAAGGCCUGGCUGAUCAGUAGUGGGUGUCCACUCCAGGUUAAGAAAGCCCAACCGGAGCUGGCACAAGAGGAGGAGAAAAGUCCUGCAAAACCUGAAAUCCAGGCCAAGGCUCCUGGUGGUCAGAGUGAUGUCCCCCAGCGAGCGGAUCACAAGGUGGUAGACACCAUUGACCAGCUUGUCACACGUGUCGUUGAAGGCAGCCUGUCUCCCAGAGAGAGAGCUGUUCUCAAGGAGGACCCUGCUUACUGGUUUUUGUCUGAUGAAAGUAGCCUGGAGUAUAAAUAUUACAAGCUGAAGUUGGCAGAGAUGCAGCGGUUGAGCCAGACCUGGCAGGGAGCUGAUCAGAAGCCGACCUCGGCUGAGUGUGCAGUGCGGGCUAUGCUGUACGCCCGGGCAGUCCACAACCUCAAGAAGAGACUUCUUCCAGGACAGCGGCGGGGGCUCCUCCGUGCUCAUGGGCUCCGGGGCUGGAAGGCGAGGAGAGCAACCAUCGGCACCCAGACCCUCCUCUCCUCGGUCACACGGCUGAGACACCACGGCCAGCAGCCUCCAGGCUCCUCACAGGCAAAGCCGUCCCUGCCAGAUGGAAGUGAUGCUGCCAAGGACUGCCCACCAGACCCAGCUGGACCCUCUCCUCAGGACCCCAGCCCAGAAGCCUCAGGCCCAUCCCCCAGAGCAGCAGUAGCAGACGCCUCCGAAACCCCUCAGACCUCCUCUCCCUGCCCAUUUGCCGACGUUGACAUGAAGACAAUGGAGACUGCAGAGAAACUGGCCAGAUUUGUUGCUCAGGUGGGACCAGAAAUUGAACAAUUCAGCAUAGAAAACAGCACCGAUAACCCUGACCUGUG